AUGUUUGGGCGCUCCCGGAGCGGCGGCGGGACACCCGCGCCGAGCCGCGCCGUGCCGUGCCGAGCGCGGCGGGGCGCCGCAGCCGUGCCCGUGGCUGCCAUGCGUGUGCGCGGCGGCGGGGCUGCCCGCGCUGCCGCUGGGCGCCGGCGGUCCCGCAGCGCAAGGCUCCCUCCCCGCGGCGGCGCUCCGCUCCGCGGCCGCGCGGAGCGGGCAGGUGCGCGCUGCGGCUCCCUGCUGCCCCCCUCCCAGGUAGGGCCAGCCGUGCCUGCGUGUGCCGGGUUCCGUGCGGCUGUGCGUGUGCGCCCGCCCGGCCCCGGCAGGCUGCCGAGCCGCAGCUGCGGAGGCGGCGGCAGCAGCCGCGGAGGCGGCGGCGAACCGAAUGCCUUUGGCGGGCAGAAGAUGUGUCAUGGGAAGCAGGCGAGCGGCGGCGGUGCCCUCCCGGCGGCGCGGCGGCGGGCGCUGGUCGCGGCGCUGUGGCUGCAGCUGGCGCUGAGCCUCGGCCCGGGGCCGGCGGCGGGCGGAUUUGAUGACCUACAAGCUUGUGCUGAUCCUGGAGCUCCUGAACACGGAUACAAGACACCCAGUGCCGGUGUCUUCUUUGAAAGUGUGGUGGUCCGGUUUCAUUGCCAAGAAGGAUACAGGCUUAAUGGUACUUCAAAAAAACUUUGUGUGAGACACUUUAAUGGCUCCCUGAGCUGGAAACCAAGUGAUAAACCUGUGUGCCUACAAGAAGUCACAGAUUGCCUUGUUCCACAUGUUGAAGAUGCAGAGAUUCAUAACAAGACAUACAGGACUGGCGAUAAGUUAAUAAUCAGCUGUCAUGAAGGAUUCCAGAUUCGUUACCCUGACUUAGACAACAUGGUUUCAAUAUGUCAAGACGAUGGAACAUGGGAUAACCUACCCAUUUGUCAAGGUUGCCUGAGGCCAUUGGUUCUUCCUCAUAGUUACAUUAACAUGUCUGAGUUCGAGGCCUCCUUCCCUGUAGGAACAGUGGUGUACUAUCAAUGCUUUCCUGGAUAUAAACUAGAAGGGGCAGAGGUCCUUGAGUGCAUGUAUAACCUUAUCUGGUCAGAUAGUCCACCUAGGUGCCUUGAUGUGGAAGUUUGUCCACUACCUCCCAUGGUGAGUCAUGGAGACUACAUCUGCCACCCACGGCCUUGUGAGCGUUAUAACCACGGGACAGUGGUGGAGUUUUACUGUGAUCCUGGCUACACCCUCACCAACGACUACAAGUACAUCACCUGCCAGUAUGGAGAGUGGUUCCCCUCCUACCAAGUAUACUGUGUCAAAACAGAACAAACCUGGCCAAAUACUCAGGAGACUCUCCUGACAACAUGGAAAAUAGUGGCGUUUACUGCUACCAGUGUUUUAUUAGUACUGCUACUGGUUAUUUUAGCCAGGAUGUUCCAGACCAAAUUUAAGACACAUUUCCUUCCAAGAGGCAACCAGGAGGGCUCCAUGGGUGACCCCGACUUUGUGGUGGUGGAUGGCAUUCCUGUCAUGCUGCCUUCCUACGAUGAAGCUGUGAGCAGCGGCCUGAGCGCUCUGGCACCCAGAUACUCAGCUACCACAGACCAAGGGCACGUUUUGCAGACAGAAGAUCAGAAUCCUCCCGCUUACCCCGGCCCAAGGAUCACAGACACGCUGCCUAGUGAAUUUGAGGGCUGUGACAGUAGGUCAGACUCCUCUGAACUGCUCCCAAGCUUAUACCCAUCCCCGGCAUGCCAAGCAGCAGCGUGCCCUGGCUCAGAUCGAACUGACAUGCCCCACAGCACUGCCAGGGAGGCUGCAUCCACGACCCCGCAGAUUGAUAUUGCAGAUGAUUCCUUUGAUGGAAGAAGACCCUUAGCCGGCACAGAGACGUGUCUUCGCCACAUUGCACUGUUGGGUGACAUGAAUCACGAGGAUUUAGAGAUAGAAAAGACUAUUGAAUGUGGGGAGAGUGUUUCCCUACUUAUCAACCUUCCGCGCGACGAUGUCACCAGAUUGGAUGUACGUCUUAAUCCACAGCGGGGAUAACAGCAUCAGCAUUUGGAACAGCAGCAGUUUUAUGAAUGAAUCCUGGGGAUUUGAUGAGAGCAGAUGUAGGAAAAG